AUGCAGCGGGAAAUAUCUUGAAGUACGGCCACCUCGUGCAGUUUGCCCUCAAUUUUGUGUGGUGGAAUCAUUGUCUCCUCACUACUCCACCCUGCAAGGGUGAGAAGUUCGGUGAUUUGGGAUAAUCAUGGACCGAGAUCUCCCAAUCAAUAAAAUAUCAAGCCUUCGUCUUUGUACACAUCCUUGACAUUAACGAUCAGAUAUUGAGGCAAUUUUGACGAUUCUAUUCGCCGUAAUGAGGCUCAGAGAUGGCAUGUGGCUCGUUGCCGCAGACAAACACAUCGAAUAUGCCGAGUGUAUAUACUCAGUUGAUGAAAUUGCAGGUGGAAAUGGAAUUAGACUUCUGUGCCCAACUAAACGUAUUCGCUCACGAGGUGACACCCUUAAUUGCCCGACCCUAACUCUAGACGUGAGAUCCGAGUUCGACAAUGUCAUUUCAGUAGAGGUGACACACUGGAGUGGCGAGGCAAGAAAGAAACCAGAAUUUGAACUCUUUCCUGACGGUCGGCCGGAUGUAAACGCCUCUAUUUCAGAUCACGAUGGAAGGAGGGUGGUACGUUCUGGAGAUCUUGUUGCGACUGCCCAACAGAAUCUUGACAAGUUCGAGAUGAGGUUCACGACAGCGUCUGGAGAAAAGCGUAUCACGGCACUUCGUGACCGGAGUAUUGGUUUUGCAUAUUCCCCACCACCAGGCAAUAUGAAGGAAACCGAAAGCAUCUCGGCCAUUGAUCAUUUCGUGUUUACACAAACGGAUCUUGCCGUUGGCGAGUCUGUCCACGGUCUAGGAGAAAGGUUUGGCGCAUUCAACAAAGUGGGUCAGUAUGUCAAGUUAUGGAACGAGGAUGGAGGUACUUCUUCGGAGCAAGCUUACAAGAAUAUUCCGUUCUGGCUUAGCUCACGUGGGUAUGGCAUCUUCAUUGACACCCCUGAUCUUGUCGACCUCGAAAUUGGUAGCGAAAGAUCAUGCCGGGUGCAGACCGUGGUCAAAUCUCAGCGACUCAAAUGGUACUUGAUCUACGGACCGACGCCAAAAGAAGUUCUUACCCGAUACUCGAUCUUGACGGGAAAAUCCCCUCUGCCUCCAGCUUGGUCAUUUGGCCUAUGGCUCACCACGUCAUUCACGACCAGCUAUGAUGAGAAGACCGUGGGCCAAUUCCUCCAAGGCAUGCGAGAUAGAGACGUUGCCCUCGAGGUUUUCCACUAUGAUUGUUUCUGGAUGCGAGCGUUCCAUUGGUGCGAUUUUUCCUUUUCUGAGGAACAUUUUCCUGAUCCAGCAGGCUCUAUCAACCGCCUGAAAAAUGCUGGACUUAUGAAGAAGGUUUGCGUUUGGAUAAAUCCAUAUCUUGGUCAAGCUUCCCCUUUGUUUGAUUAUGCUGUGGAGAAAGGUUACCUUCUGAGGCGUACAAAUGGAGAUAUUUGGCAAUGGGAUCUAUGGCAGGCAGGAAUGGCUAUUAUCGAUUUCACGAAUCCUGAUGCCUGUACAUGGUAUGUCUCGUGCCUGAACAAGUUGUUUGAUAUGGGCGUAGACUGCCUCAAAACCGACUUUGGUGAGCGUAUUCCCACAAAAGAUGUGGCGUGGCAUAACAGAGGGAUGGAUCCAGCCCGUAUGCAUAACUUUUAUGCCUUCAUGUUUAACAAACUCUGCUAUAAUGCAAUAAAGGAUAGAAAAGGAGAGAACGAAGCACUUCUCUUUGCCCGGUCGGCGACGGCUGGCACUCAACGAUUCCCAUUGUGCUGGGGAGGAGAUUGCGAGUCCAGCCCAGAGGCUCUUGCUGAAUCGAUACGUGGGGGCUUGAGUCUUGGCCUCUCAGGCUUUAGUUUUUGGAGCUGUGACAUUGGUGGCUUUGAGGGGAACCCUGAACCGUGGAUCUACAAGCGUUGGGUUGCUUUUGGGCUGCUUUGCUCUCACUCACGCCUACAUGGAAGCAAUUCUUACCGAGUGCCUUGGCUCAUCGACGGAGAUGCUGAAGGUCCACAGAGUGCUACAGGCGUUGUCCGUGGUUUUGUAAAACUGAAGAGAAGGCUCAUGCCUUAUAUCUAUGCGCAAGCGAAGGAGGCCGCAGAAAACGGGUGGCCGUCCAGUCUGCGUGCCAUAUGUCUCGAGUUUCCCGAUGAUCCUACGUGCUGGUUCCUCGAUCGCCAAUUCAUGUUCGGUAGCCAGCUGCUUGUGGCUCCAGUUUUCACUGAGAACGGGGAAGUUGACAUCUACUUGCCGCCAGGCAAGUGGUAUAGUCACUGGACCGGAGAAGAAGUAAAAGGUCCAGGAUGGAGACACGAACGCCAUGCGUUUGACACACUCCCAUUAUAUUGGCGAGAAGGAACCGUGCUCUUGCUUGGCAAUGAUGGCACUGCUGGUGACAGCUUUGACUAUGACUGGUUUUCCAGUUCUGGAGAGAUUCGACAAUACGGCACUAAACCCGGAGAUGCUGCAACAAUGAUUGAUAGCAGCGGUAAAGAACGUGGUAAGAUUGUCAUUGGCGCGGAUGGUAAAAUUCUGGGAGGAGACUCUUUGAGCGAGAGAUGGUCUCGUUAAAUGUUGCCUGAGCAUUUCUUCCAGCCUACACUUCCAAUUUGCCUCUAGCAACUUCACGAAAAUGUCACCUAGUCUUCAAGCCAAAGGCUUCCCAUAAUUCUUUGCCUAUCAAGUUUCAAGGAAUUGCUCACUGUCAUCAUAUUGCCUUCCUGCUAAAC